CCCAAUGAUAUGCUGCUCGAUCCCAAGGAUUUCCCUGUGGAUUUGUUCGCUCCCCCGGCAGAUAUCAGCGGGUUUGCAAUCUCUCACUCUGGCGAAGAUUCUCUCUCAUCGGAUCUGGAAAGUGAAGAUCAACCUUGGUCUCCCGCCUACCGUGUCUCGUCACUGGACUCGGCCACGCCAGACGCCCCCGCCAUCUCGUCACGCACAACUGAAAAGCCAACAACCCGCCGCAGAACAACCACCCAGAAACGCGAACAAGCUACCCGCUGGUCGUCCAGCCCUGAAAUGACACCGCAAGAGUACCCCGUCAACUCACAGGCCACCACCUCUCCCGCCCCUGCACCCAACUCCCGCAGUCUCUCCACCGACUCGCAAACAGCAACGGGCCGCAACGCCGCCAAGCGAGCUGCCCACAACAUCAUUGAGAAGCGGUACCGCACCAACAUGAACGCCAAGUUCGUCGCGCUAGAAAAAGCCAUGUCCGGCAGCGGGGUCCAGAAACCCACCAAGGGCGGGUCGGGGCCCGCCUCGCUGAAGAAGUCGGAGAUCCUGACCAAUGCCAUUGCCUACAUGCAGGAGCUGCAGGACGAGAACGCCACGCUGCAGAAGGAGCUGGCGCUUCUGAAACAGAACCUGCUUCCUGGCGGGCUGUGGCGACACAACAAGGAGAAUGAGAAGUUUCGCGCCUAGCGAAUCAUAUCCAUUUCUUUCUUACCCAUCGCUGUAUACUAUAAUGGCUGACUUCAUUAAUUGGGCUACUCUCCUAUCGGUGGCGCUGGGAUUCCUUGACUAGUUAAUAUACCCAAAAGUUCUUGUGCAGUUAUGCAGUGUACUAUUCGUAUGAAUAUACCACAAUCUUUCUCAUAUCCACGGAGUCCACGGCACCUUAUAUCGAAAUAAACCUUAAUCCCAGACAUGAGCGAAUUACCAGAACCACUCCCUUCCUCGUAGCCUGUCGGAG